AUGACUAUAAGAUCAAGCCGGCUACUCAAAAUAACACCAAAGAUGGCUCUCAAACCAAGGUUUUUUGAUAUUGGAGUUAACCUGACGGACUCAAUGUUCCAUGGAAAAUACAGGGAUAAACAUUAUCACGAUAAGGAUCUUCCAGACGUCCUUUUACGGGCGAACUACAAUAACGUUGACAGAAUUUUGAUCACAGGUUCAUCUUUGAAAGAGUCGGGCAAAGUAUUGGAUAUCAUAGAUGAAUAUAAAAGCUGCUACGAGGAAUUCAAAGCUAGACUUAGUCAGUACAAAGAAGUCAAAGAUGAAGACUCACUGAAACCUUAUUGUACAAUUGGAGUCCAUCCUUGCAGUGUAAAAGAAUUUUCCAAAGAUCCAGCUGGUCACAUCGACCAAUUGAGAGAUCUGAUUCGAAAGGGAUUAGAUAAAGGAGUAGUGAAAGCGUUUGGAGAAAUAGGACUAGACUACGAUAGAUUGUACCAUGCUUCAAAGAGCGACCAAUGCAAGUAUUUUGAGCUACAGUUAAAACUAGCUUGUGAAUUUGAUUUGCCAUUGUUCCUUCACAUGAGAGCUGCCUGUGACGAUUUUAUUACUAUCAUAAAGCCUUUCCUAGAGGGUACACGUCCGGAUGGUUUGAAAUUAAGAAAUACUACCGGUGUUAUUCAUUCGUUUACAGGAUCCGUUGAGGAGUUGGAAAAACUAGAGAAGUUGGGACUCGACUUCAGUGUCAACGGUUGCUCCCUUAAAACAGAGGAAAACUUGGAAGUGGUGAAACGUAUCCCUCUUUCAAAACUACACCUAGAAACUGAUGCUCCCUGGUGUGAAAUAAAGAAAUCUUCAGCGUGCUUUUCGUUGAUUGCCUCGGAACCUUCCACAGAAACACAACAGAAACCUAGCAACAAUUCGAAGAAACCAUUGAAGAGGUAUCAUCCACUACUGCCAAUUAGAAUGGUAAAUAGUGAUAAAUUGUCAAAGUUUCAGAACGAGGACCCAAGCGAACUACCACCAGUAGUUAAGUCCAGGAAUGAGCCAUGUUUUAUGCCGAUUAUAGCUCAAGUGAUGGCCAAAUUGCUGGAGAUACCAGAGGAGGAGAUAAUUCAGACGACUUACGAGAACAGCUGCAAGUUAUUCAAAGUAGAUUGA